UCUGUGAAAAAAAAAACAAAAAAAGCAAUAGGUUUUACAUAAAAAAUUGUCCAAAAUGAUCUGGUUCGGAUGGGUUAAUUAGUUUAAUUAAUACAAAGUUGCUGAUCCGUGUCAUAUGAAACGCACCGCUUUGGUUGUUCCUUUUUGUCCCGAAAAAUUAUCAGAGGAAAAAGCUUAGGAAGAAGAAGAAGAAGUUCGAGCUCGAUUUCUUUAAGCAAAGAGGAAGUGUUUUUUCCUGCUUCGAGAUCCGAUCAAAUCUAACGAAGGAGAAAUUCCACGAAACUUCCUGAAAUCAGUUUGAAUCUUCUGGAGAUCGAAAGCCUUUGAUUGAAGAAAGAAGAUGAGCGACGUAUUCGAAAGGUACGAGCGUCAGUACUGCGAGCUCUCAACCAAUCUCUCCAGAAAAUGUCAUUCUGCGUCGCUUCUCUCCGACGGAGAAGAGAAGAAGGGGAAGCUUGCUGAGAUUAAGUCUGGAAUAGACGAAGCUGAUGUCUUGAUCCGGAAAAUGGAUCUUGAGGCAAGAAGUCUGCAGCCGAGUGCCAAAGCUGUGUGUCUUUCUAAACUAAGAGAAUAUAAAUCUGACCUGAACCAAUUGAAGAAGGAUUUCAAACGAGCCUCUUCCGCAGAUGCUAACCAGUCUACCCGUGAAGAACUGAUGGAAUCCGGAAUGGCGGAUCCGCAUGCAGUAUCAGCUGAUCAAAGAGGGAGAUUGGCGAUGUCAGUGGAGAGGCUUGACCAAUCAAGCGACAGAAUCAGAGAGAGUAGAAGAAUCAUACUGGAGACAGAAGAGGUUGGCAUCUCAAUUGUUCAAGAUCUGAGUCAGCAACGCCAAACACUCCUCCAUGCUCACACCAAGCUACAUGGUGUGGAUGACGCCAUUGACAAGAGCAAGAAAGUGUUGACGGCUAUGUCACGGAGAAUGACAAGGAACAAAUGGAUCGUUGGUUCAGUGAUCGUAGCUCUUAUCCUCGCCAUCAUUUUGAUCAUCUCAUACAAGCUUUCACAUUAAUUAUACAUAAAACAUAACUCAUCGUGAUUGUGUGUGUAUAUAUGAUGGUUGAUUCGUUUGUAAUGUGCCCAAAUGUUUUACUUGUACUCCAAGUACGCUGUGUCUAUUGAAGUGGCAAUACUUUAAAACA